AAGAAGACAAUUCGCUGCUCGGCCAUCAAUUCUCUACCCCGCAAAAGUUUAUAAGUUUUGUUCGGUGGAAAACGUGAAAAUUGGCUUGUUUUUCGCGUUUUCCGGUGUUUUCGAGCCGAUGUUCCGUCGCGGCCGCGUUCCCCGCCGGUGUUGAGCGUAAAAUUCGGUGCUUUUCGCGCGCGCGUUCACCGUAAAUCGUGUUUCGAUGGAGCAACCCGAAAUAGCCGCCGUCGAUGAUGCUCCUGCCCUCCCGCCCUCGUCCAACCGGAGCAAUAGCACCAGCAGCUCCGAAAGCGGAAGCAGCAGUAGCGGUUCCAGUGAGUCGAGCCAGGAAGUGAACGACGAUGGGGGACAGCAGGGAGAGGAGGGUGGAACGAAUGGCCGGAGCAGUUCGGCUGAUUAUCCGGCUGUGAUGCCGCCCCCGCCACCGGCCGUCAAUACGCUGUGCAGGAUUUGUAUGUGCGAUCCGGCCGAGGAUGGUCGAAUGCUGGAGUCGUUGUUCCGGACGACGGUCGACUCGAAGACGCUGUACGCGAUGUUGGUGACCGUAGUUCCGCUGGGGCAGGGCAACAACGACGGAAUGCCGGACAAGGUGUGUACGAGCUGUAAGGGGAAGUUGGUGCAGGCGUACAGGCUGUACGAGACCUGCGUCAAGAGUGACGAACGGUUGAGGAAGUUGUUGCAGCUGCAGAACAGUGCCGGAGGAGUGCUGAUUAAGCAGGAGAUUAUCGAUGAAGACGACGAGGACGUUGAGUUGGCCAAUUUUCAGCUGUACUGCGAUGCGCAGGUGAAGAAGGAGGACGAAUAUGACCAGGAUUACCUGUUUGAUGGAGGGUUUUAUGGGGUUGGAUUGGCCGCGGCGCAUUACAACACACCGAAUUUGCGCAUUCAGUCGGUGCACAACGGGCCGGAAGUGUUGGUGCAGCUGCAGGAAGGUCUUGAUGCGCCCUCGCAGCCAGCUGUGGAGUGGGACAAGUAUGUGAAGGUGACCCCAAAUGGCCAUCACUGCAUUCUGUGUGGAAAGGACUUUAAAUACUUUAGCUACUUUAAGCAGCACGCGAUCGCCCAACAUGACCCGAGCAAGCCCCACAAAUGCCACCAGUGCAAGUACACGUUCAAGACGGAACAGCGUCUGUUUCUACACAUGCGAACCCAUCUGGAACAACAAGCUGAAGAACUUCCUCUUGCCGUUGAGCACGCCGAACUGCCCGAACCGGAGCUGGAAAUCGAAGGAACGCUCGAUCUGGACCAGUCCGAGGAUUCCAUCGUUGACGACGAAAGCGUUUCCAUUUCGAUUAACCCGGACAAUGGCGAGAAAAUCUACACCUGCCUGAUCUGCCAGAAGCAGCUGACCACGCUCCCUCUUUACCGGCGCCACCAAACGGUCCACACGGUCCGUGGCCGGCCAUUUGAGUGUGAAAUCUGCCACUACCGGUUCGCGAUGAAGUUCAGCUACAACGCGCACAUGCUGCGCCACGAACAGGGCAAAGACCCGGCCCAACCUGCGGCCUACAAGUGUGCCGAAUGUCCGCAAACGUUCGUCCGGCGGAAGCUCCUCAAUCUGCACGUCGCCGUGAACCACGAAAAACCAACCGUCUAUCUCAACCGAACCGCCCCGGCAGCUAUCCUGACGAGCAACAUCUCCGAGGGACGCGGCGGCCACGCCUGCCCGAUUUGCUCGGAAACCUUCAACCGCGAGUCGGUCCUCAACAAUCACAUGAAAAUGCACGAACUCGAGGCGGCCCAACUCAAGCACUCGGAAGUGUGCUACAUCUGCAACGUGUGCGGCGUCGAGUGCGAAACGCGCGAUUCCUUCACCACCCACAUCAAAACCCACGGCGACGACAUUGCCCUCGAGCACCAGAACAACUCGAUGGACGUGGACGACGAUGACGACGAUCCGGCCAUGCCGCCGACGCCCCAAAACGGUGCCACCGAUCCGCUCAGCACCAGCACACCCACCUCCAAGCCCGAACCCAAGUCCGGCGUGCGGUGCGAGCUCUGCUCCAAGACAUUCCCGUAUGCGUGCAACCUCAAACAGCACCGGAUCAUCCACCACUCGGAACUGAAGCCGCACGAAUGCCACAUCUGCCACUACCGGUUCGAGUACGAGGGCACCCUGAUGCGCCACAUGCAGAAACAUUCCAAACAGGAAUUGAGUGCUGCCGCGGCCGCCACCAACACCCCAACAACCAUCCCGUCUCUUCCCCAACCCGAAGACCCGAUCGUGGCCCCGGCCGGCGCUUCCCUCGUGUUCAAGUGCAAACUGUGCUCGGCACGCUUCCAGAAGCAGAAAUCGAUGACCUGGCAUCUGAAAACGCACCGCUCGAUCGUGGCCGCCGGCGAGGACAAAGAGGCGAGCCCCACCAAGGAGCUGGGCAGUCCGCUGUCGCCCAACUCGGCGGCCACGGCGUCUGCGAAUGCGUUUGCGGCGCGGUUGGAUUUGAAGCCACAGCAGCCCCAGCCGACGUCGUCCUCGUCGACGGCAUUGCAGCAGAUUCAGCAGCUUCAGCAGGCGGCAUUGCGGGGAAUGGCUGCUGCUGCUGCUGCUGGAGGAGCCAAGAUGUACAAGUGUGGAUACUGUCCGCAGAAACUGGAUUCGGAGGAUGCUUACUACCAGCAUUUGAAGGGUCAUCGAGUCCGACCGGCGACCGACCCGCUCCAGCCGGAUGAAGAAACGCCCCCGGCCAAGAAGAAACGGUCCUGGGUUCGUUCGGGCGAGCACCACAAGUGUCACCUCUGCCAGAAGGUGUUUACGUUCCGCAGCCAGCUGCAGCAGCACACGGCCCUACAUCAUCAGCCGGGCAAACCGUACGAGUGUGGCAAGUGCCACUACAGUUUCGUGCACAAGCUGAACCUCAAGCGGCACGAGCUGACCCAUCUGGAAGAGGAGCGCGUGUCCGCCGAGGAUGAUCCGUCGAUUCAGCUGCUCGAGGACGAAAGCUUCAACGCGGAGGAACUCGCCGAACCGGACGAGAUGAGUCCGGCCGUAGUCGGACUGAUGCCGGUGAAUCGUGGCGGCGUCGGCAGCGAAGCCGGUGACAAACAGUCCGGCGAGGGCGUUGGUCCACCAAAGAGAAACAAGUGUGUCGUCUGCGCGGCCACCUUCCAGCGCGAGGACCAGCUGAUCGAGCAUCUCAAGACGCACAUCGAGCGGAUGAAGGUCACCAAGCAGGAGACGCAGUCCGCCAAGAAGAUACUCACGGACGACAGCGACAAGAAGUGCAAACUGUGCGCGAAGGUGUUCAAGUUCUCGUGCCAGCUGAAGCAGCACAUUCAGAUGCAUCACUCCAAGGAUAAGCCGUUUGAGUGUAACAUUUGCAGGUAUCGGUUCGAGUUCAAGGGUCACAUGCUCCGUCACAAGGCCAACAACCACCCGGACGAGCUUGCAGCCGAAGAGGCCGACGCGGACGAGCUGCCGGCGAAGAUCACGACACCGACGGUUAACCCAGAUGGGUCCGAAGUGUACCAGUGUCCGGUAUGUCCGAUGAACUUUGUCAAGCAGCGCUCGCUCACCUGGCACCUGAAGACGCACAGUGGCGCCGGCAGCGGCCGGAAGAUCAAACGGGAAGACGGCGGUGGUGGUGGCAUUUACCCGUCGGCGUCGUCCUCCUCCUCGACGGGAGAAGUCUUCCAGUGCCGGGUUUGUACGCGGUUGUUUAACGAUGCGUACGAACUGAAGGCGCACAUGCUGACGCACGCUGGCAGUUCCACCAGCUCCAGUGGCCAGGUCAUCGAGGCCGACCAUUCGCUGUUUGGAUCCGGGCUGGACAUGAUGCUGCAGGACUUCCCCGACACGAUGGAGGACACCGAUCCGCUGUUUGACGGCUCGAACCUGGAGUUGGUGCUGGAGGACAACUUUGACCAUGAUCUCGACUUUAGCAUGCGCUACAACCAACCGCAAGACACGUCGUCGUCGCUUCCACAAACCAGGAGAAGUCUUCCGACCGGCGGCAUUGCUAACGACAGUUCCGUUUACGACAUGGCCGAACCGGGCGCCUCGACGACACCGGCCAAGGGCAAAAUCGUGUGCGAGCUGUGCAAGAAGGAUUUCCUGUACUCGUGCAACCUGAAGCAGCAUAUGCAGCUGCACCACGCCAAGGAGAAGCCGUUCGAGUGCAAGAUUUGCUUCUACCGGUUCGAGUACAGCGGCCAUCUGGUGCGCCACAUCCGCACGAACCACGACAACCAGCAGGAGGACGCCAUCGGGGACGCGAUCGAGCGGAACUUUGUGUGCACCUUCUGUUCGGAGCUGUUUGAGCAGAAAUCACAACUUAACUCGCACAUCCAGACCUAUCACAGGGGCGAGAAGCAGUUCAAGUGUGACUUGUGUCCGGCGUCGUUUGCGUACAAGAAAACGUUUGAAAAUCAUCGCGAAGAGCACCACUCGAUCAAGCCCGGUGAACCAUCUGCCGCUCCGUUUGUUGCUGCCGCAGUCGUUGCACCGCCGCCCAGUGUUGCCAGCGGUUCCGCCAACUUUUCGUGCAAUUUAUGCAAGAAGACGUUCAGCUCGGCACAAAAAGUGGACAACCACGUUUGCUUCCAGUGAGACGGCGCAGAAGGAAGCCUUACUCACAUCCCAAAAUCCCAGAUUUAAAACCUUGCAAGAGAGAUUGAAUUGUUAACGUAACGUAAUUACUCCCACUCACUCACACACAAAAAAUUACAAAGAGAUCCGUAGAUUUGUAGCGCAGCAAGUUUGCUACCAAGUAACGUAAAAUAUUCACACUACAGAACAAUUUUCUCAGUACGUUAGAACGCGCGUUAGCAAGCGCACCACCACCACAGAUCAAGUUAGAAAGUCUCCCACAACCGCGUGUUGUUGAAUAGUCGAAUAUUGGUAAGACAAACAGUGUUUAGUUGCUAGCAGGGAGGAUCGUGCUAUGAAACACUUUGAAAGGAAAAAAAAAAAACAAAUCGAUCGUCACCAUCCUCCUGGAAGUACUCCUCGUUUAGGCAUUAGUUGAGCAGGCAGAACAAAGCAAAGAAAAAAAAAACAAAGUUCUGUUUUACUAGUAAAACCCGUAGAUCGUAAGCCAUAUUAGUGUUUAUUAGUAUGUAUUUGAUUUUAUCUAUAGAUAAGUUGACUUGCAUUGAACCCACAUUUUACAUGAAAUUACUGCAGGCAACCCCUUCCGGCGGACCAGAGGCGUAGCAAAGUCGCAAAGUCUUUCCCAAACAAGUUGAGCCAGCCAAAAUGACGGAGAAAAAGUUUAAUUUAUGUUUACGAACUUAUCACAAACACACCCACGCAGAGUAUUACGUCUAAGUUCAUGCAACAAAAUAAACCUUUUAAUACAUAAAUACAAAACAAAUAAUGCUAAUUUCCCACCACCCCCUCACCGUAGGUUCUAGGAGCAAACGUUCUGUCGCACACUGAAAUCGUUAUUUAUAUUCACCCAAUCACAACAAAAACACACACACACACAUUUUAACAACCCAGCUUCGAAAAUUUAAUUUAAUGUCGAAACCGUAAACGAGUUACAAAUUUUUAAUUUAGACUCUUUGAUUCGUUUCUUUUUAAAACAAUGCGUUCUAAUUUUAAGUUUUUAUUCGCGCUACUGCACCAUUCACAUCAGUUGUAAGCUUUCGAUUAUAACUUAUGGAUAGCGAAUUUGCAGAGAAGGAAAAAAAAGUAAAAAAAAAACAUUUACGUUAAGGACAAAUAAAUAUGCUAUUACUACCUAAAUACUGAACAACAACAACAGCAACAGCAAAUUAACAAAAUAUAACAUUAACCGUUGAAAAUACACACUCUGACAUCAA